AUGAAUGAACGGCAAAUUGCUACUACACCAAUCCUUUUACUCACCAAUCAACAAUCAUUAAGUGCAGUUAAUGAAGCAGCAAAUUUAAAUCAAUAUGAAGUUUCGGCCACAAAUGCAAAUGAAUUUGCUUCCGAUGUUGAUUUUGAUCAAGCGAAUAGUUUAGUCGUCUCCAAACGUAAUGUGAUUCCUUAUGCCGUCAACAAUGCUCCAAUCCUCAUGAUUAAACGCGACAUUAUUCCAAAUUCCGAAUUUCGAGUUCAAAGGGACGUCGUCGAUCAGGAUAAAAGGAAUAUGAACGAGAAUACUGGUAUUGAGAAGAGAUUGGUUGGGAUUGGACCAACAUUUGGUUUGGUAGGAACCACUGGUGCAACUAUUGCAGGUGCUCUACCUUACUUUGUUGAUGAGGAUAUUCUUGGUGGAACUGGUAGCGUAAAUGGUUUGGUGGCUAAUCGUGGUUCAUUUGCUAGUGCUAAUGCUAUUGGAUUUUAA